UUCGCAGGACUAAUAUACAUUCAAAAAGGAUUUACACUGUUGGUUAGCUACCAUAGCUGUCUCUCUGACAUGAUCGCCAGCCCAGGUGUUGCCAGAUUACAACAGAUUUCCCGCCCAAUCUGGCAACACUCUCUGCAACGCGCUGCAGCCAGUGUUGCCACUAAGAUUGGGCGGGAAAUCUGUCCUAUCUGGCAACACAGUGCUUGAGGUUAGUAUACUAGGGGAGUUGGAGGAAGGGGUUUGGUGUCUCAUCUGUUGGUCUCAACUGGCUAUAGGUUUGAAGGAUGCGGCGGGUUGAGCCUGCUGCCCAAGCCUUCCAGGCCCCCGUAGACGUCCACGCCAGCGCCGACGGCCAGGUGUACAUGUUCAGGAGACAGCGAGCAGAGCCCGACUCCUCAGAGGAGGAGCAGUGCGAGGACCUGAACGUCAUUGAGCUCAGCCCUCUGGUCCACUCUGAGCAGGACCGACUGGACCGCGUUCAGCUGCUGGAGCGAGAGCUGCAGGAGGGGGACAAUCUCAACAAGCUGGCGCUGCAAUACGGUGUAAAGGUGGCCGACAUCAAGCGUGUGAACGGCCUUUUCCACGAUCAAGAUUUGUUUGCUUUGAAAUCCAUCAAGAUCCCAGUUCCAAAGCACAGCUUCCUAACGGAGGCCUACACAGACCUGAGCGGCCCUCAGAGAGAAACCCAGAGUCCUCCGCCGGGCGCCUCGCCGCCCCAUCAGGACGGCAAGGCCCGGGCUCCACCCCGUCUACAGGAGGUCUCGGACUUCUUCAAAGACGUGGACCACGACAUCGAGAAGCUGAUCCAGAGCAGCGACCACCGCGGGGACAUUUUCCCCCAUCCCGCGUCGGAUCUGUCUGCGAGGUCGGGGGUCGGCGGGCGGCGCGUGGCGGCGGCGGGCCAGGGCGGGGCCUGGGGCCUCCAGUGGUGGAACCUGGUGGUCGCCAUGCUGCUGAUCGGGGUCGUCCUGCCCAUCUUCUAUGCUGUUUAUCUAAAGACCAAAGCAAGCGGUGAGGGACACGAGACGAGCGGCGUGGCGAACACGUCCGCGGGAAGCACGGGGUCUGGUCUCGGGGUCACGGGGUCCACACUCGGGGCCACGGUCCAGUCUCGGGGACACUGGUCCCCCUUGGUCUCUUAGGAGGAAGGGUAACGUGGCUGUAGCUAGGGAUGGGGACUCGAAACGUGGUAUUAUACCGGCAGCGUAGUAUAAACAACUAAAGAUCGUGGUAUCGAUAAGCUCAGACGUUAUCGGUUCUGCUCUCGGUUCUCAAGAUAUUAAGAAAAUAGAUUAUUGAUUUUUUUCUCAACAACUCUGUUUCUAUUAGGCAUUAUGAUUUAAACAUUUGUCUAUGAUGCAUUUUUUCUUUUCCCAAUCCAAAAGAGAUCUCUCUCUCUCGGAGCACCUGUUCGAGCCAGGACGGGGCAGCUAGCCUGUAGCUUGUCGCUACACACAGCAACACCCUGCGGCACGCACACAAACACACACACAGAAGACAAUGAGGGAAAUAAGUCUUUUCAUGUAAGAGUGUAAAACACAAGCAAUAUGCAGAACAUUUAGUGAAAGUGUCCCUCGUAUAUGUAGAGAAGUUUUAAAAAUUUGUUAAAUUAAUGAUGCAAACAAGAGUUAAUGAUUAAUCAUAAUUAGCACGAUUAUUGUUUAUCUAUGGUGGCAUUCAUAACUUAUAUCUGAAGUGCUCAAACUAUUAAUACGGCACAGUUAAAUACAGUCAAUAGAAAAUCCUGCAUUAUAUUUAUUAGUGUUAAAUUUCGAUCCGAAACAACGGGUUAGGUUAUUUAUUGUUGUCAUGUGACAUUAACGGCACAAUGUACCUACAUUUACAUCUUGAAGGUGGAUUUUGUAAAUUGUAUCUAACUCUGAAUAGUUUGAUGAAUCAUAUUUUUUCUAUUAUAUUUUGAGAAUAAAUUCGAUGACUCAGUCAAAAGAAUAACCGAUAUGAGUACCGUUAAAGUACCGCAUCGAUGAGCAGUAUCGAUAAGAGUCGUAGUACCGUUAAAACCGUGCCGAUAUAGAGGUAGAGACGGACACUACCAGUGCAUAACCAGCGUGUGCGUUCAGUCAGUGACACAAGGGGUCAAGAUGAGAUGACUUAUGGAUGGAAGCUAUCACUGCCUCACUGUAUCUUGCGUCUCAAUGGGUCUGUGUUGAUCAUGGUGUGUUAGCAGCCUGUUGCUGUAACAAAAAGCUACUGAAGUGUUUUUGAAUAUGUUUUACAGUUGCAAUAUUUGUGCCUUAUGGAUUUUUCAUACUGUACUUUUCUGCACUGCCAACUGUGUCUUGUUUUAACAAAGUACAUGCAAAUUUGUCCUUGCAAGUGAUUUAAUAAUUAAAUAGGAUAAUCAUAACAUUUCGUAACAAUUAAUGAAUGUAUUUGGGUGCGGAUGGGGAGCUAUGUUUUUUAAAGUGCCUUAAACCUUUUAAACACAUUUAAAUAAUUGUAUUAAUAAGAAGGGUAUAAUUUACUAAUACUUUUCAUUUAGCAAUAUUAAUGUAAUCUAAUAUUACUCACUUAAAGUACUGUACAUUUUUAAUUGGAAUUUAAUUAAUAUUUAUUUAUGAGUUGUAUAUUUUUUUACCUUUUUGUUCUUUCAGUUUUUUUUUUUUUUUUCAGCAAGUGCCACUUUUAUUAUAAUCUUUACAGUGCCACUACUCGCCAUUAGAUGGCGGCAAAUAAAUUGCAGGUAACAGUUUUAGCUGGACAUCGCAUCGAUAGGCAUAAGUGUCUUACACAUCAAAUCUGAAGAUUGAGAUCAAACCACCCAUCAUAGAUUGUGAAUGAUAUCUUGAAAAAUACAGGUGGCUUAUUAAAGGUUUAGUCCUUUGUAGCAAAGGUCCAUUUGUAACACAGCCCCUAAGGGCUGCCACUCUUAGUUGGCGUGAUGAAUUGAGCAGGUGGCUUAUAAAAGUUGUGUCCUUUUGUAGCAAAGGUCCAUUGCUACACACCAUUUAGUUGUCUGCAACACUUUCUCAACAUGCAACAGGUACGCAGCCUCACUCAGCCCCAGAGUCCAAUCAGUAUGACUUGGUUCAUGUAAGGCUGCUAAAUCAGCCAUCCACCACGCACACUCUGCACACUUUUCAAUUUACUAUAUUUUGAUGAUCACAAUCAAAAGCAAGGACAAUCCCUUGAGUGACUGAAGACGUGUUGAAUACGCCGACCAGUGUCAUGUGAUUGGAUAUAAUAAAUGGGUUCCUCUUGUUUUUGA